AUGGUCGGUAUCGGCGGCAACUCUUCGCUGCUGUGCGUCGUGCGCGCCACGCCUUCGGGCCGCGUGCUCGCAUCGAUGCGCACCAUGCCCAUCCUCGCCACGCCCGGCCCUUCGUCGCGUGGGUUCGCCACGGCGCUUCCCACGCGCGGCCAGGUCUCGGCUCCCGCACGCAAGCCGGUGCAGGCCAAGGACCGAGCUGACGGCCCCGGAUUAAGACAUCCGGACGGCAGCUACCUCCUCUUCCACCCGAUCUACUCGGAGCACGAUCUCGACUCGGUCAAGGUCGUCCAUCGCGAGAGCAAGACGUUCGGCGACAAAGUGGCCAGGGCCAUGUGCACUGCCGCGCGAACCAUCUUUGAUCUGGCCACGCGCUAUCCCGAUCACAACGGCGUCAAGUUCCCGCCGCUCAAGCAGGACGUCGAAAAGACCGUCGGACUGCCCUCGCACCUCGCGGCGCAGGUGCACAAGCUCAAGGCAGCCAAGAACGCCGACGAGGCGGCAUCGGAAUCUGCGGCGGUGGUGAAUCGCACCGGUGCGGAUCUGGGCAAGCUCGCGCAGAGCGACGGCGCCAUGACGCUGCAGGAGAUGCGCGAGAAGCGGCUGUGCUUCGGACCGGACGGCUGGCUGAACCGCAUCAUCUUUCUCGAGACCAUCGCCGGCGUGCCCGGCAUGGUGGCUGCCACGUGUCGCCAUCUGCAGAGCCUGCGUCUGAUGAAGCGCGACAAGGGCUGGAUCCACACCAUGCUCGAGGACGCCGAAAACGAACGCAUGCAUCUGCUCACAUUCAUGGAGCUCGCCAAGCCCGGCUGGAUCGCCCGCACCUUCGCGCUGCUGGCCCAGGGCGUGUUUUACAACUUCUUUUUCGUGUUUUACCUCGUCUCGCCGCGGGUGGCGCACCGCUUCGUGGGCGUGCUCGAGGAGGAGGCGGUGAUGACCUACUCGUUCAUCCUCGACGAUCUCAACGAAGGCAGGUUGCCCGAGUGGGAGAACGUGCGCGCGCCCGAGAUCGCUCGCCAGUACUGGCAGCUCUCGGACGACGCCAUGCUCGUCGACGUCAUCCGCGCAGUGCGUGCGGACGAGGCGACCCAUCGACACAUCAACCACACCUUCGCCUCGCUCGAGUCGACCGAUCCCAACCCGUUUGCGCUGCGAGAGCCGCCGGCCAAGAUGCGCGCAGAGACCUACGGCCUCGAACGCCAAGACGCACUCGAGUGGGCCGAGGGAAAGAACCUCGACGACGGCACCACCGCUGCAGCCGCCGCCGAAAAGACCGCAUAA